AUGAACCAGAUCCUCCCGCACGUCGCGUCCGGCACGCUGCAGCCACCCAAGCUGCUGGAGCCCUGGACAGGGUCAUUGUCCUCCGCAUUAUCCUCAUUCCCUUCGAUUCUAAUCUCAAGUCUACGGACUUUAUUAUCCACUCCGGCGAAUACGGGGCUCUGCCUGGCCACUGUCAUCCUACUCGUCUUCCUCGCCUCUCGUUAUCGCCACCUGCUCAAUACCUACUACCGCGCCCUCGAGAAUUAUCGCGCCACCCGUGACGCGCUCUUCAAGGCGUACCCAGUGCACGAUGACGCCUGGCGCGCCGCUACCCUAGCGCAUGCCCGGGCCGAGUACUCGCGGUUCGCCAGCGAACUGGGACAGACCGUUGCGCGUCUCCGAGCUGCACGCUCGAUCGAAGAGCUCCUGGCGGCGCUGGAGACGUCGCUUGGUAUGUACACGCCCGAUGCGAAGGAGCAGAUGGUGGACGGCAGUCCCCGCAAAGUGGCUGGCCCGCCUAUCAAGCCAGCCGGCACUCCUGCCAAGGCUGUUCGCAGUCCCUCCAAGCUCGACGGAACGCUAGCGAGACUCCGUGGUACCCCGGGCAAGCCACUCAGUACCCCGCUUCGCAACAAGUCUGCCUCAACCACGAUCCGCACACCGGCCGCAACACCGGUCCUCAGGUCAAUCAGCUCCUCAACUACACGGUCCCUAUCCUCCGUCGCCAGCUCCUCCUCCCCACGACAUACCACAACAUCUCCUCCCUCCAUCCCCACCUCAUCUCCCUAUCGCGACCUCCAGUACCUCCCCUUCGCCGACGCCGACGACCUCGACGAUCUCCCCGCACCUCCCGCCUCCUCCCUCGCCGGCGCCCAGGCCGAGAUCCGCAGGCUCAGCGCCGCCCUCGGCCGUGCCAGGCGCGCCAAACGACGCGUCGAGCGGCAGCUGAACAGGCGCGAAUGCGAGCUCUACGCCGCGGCUGAGGAACUGGAACGCGUCGAAGGCGAGCUGGAACGCACUGAGGGCGAGUUAGCGGACGCGCAGAAGGAGCUGGCCGAUGCGCAACAAGAGCUCGCCGACGCCCACCAAGAGAUCGACGAGUCCUACGCCGAUCUCGAGGGCGCGUACCGCGAUCUCGAGGACGCGCAGUUCGACGCGCGCGAUCUGCGUUGCGCCUUGUUCGUCAGCGAUACGGAGCUGGCGAACUUGAAGUCGCGCGUGGAGGAGCUGGAGGGGUUGAGCGCAAGGUUCGACCACCAGCAAGUUCAACUCAGCAAGCAGAACGCGCAGAUAAACAAACAGAAAGCGCAGCUGGAGGAGCUGAGGGCGCGCGACCGGCAGCAGCGGUUCCUGCUGGGGUGCUACUCGAGCGAUCUGGCGGCGGCGCGGAAGAAGCGGGUGCAGUUGGGCGAGCUGGAGGCGAGGGUGAGGGAGUUGGAGGGGGAGAAUGGGGCGCUGAGGAGGGAGGUGGGCGAGUUGAGGGGCGAGGUUCAGCCGGAGGCGGAGGUGACGAACUCGACGGAGGGCGGUUAUGCCAACAGCCCUCCCGGAUCAUCGACGUUCACCCCCGGGCAUACGUCGAUGGCAUCUACAUCUUCGACGGCCUCGUCCGCGUUGUCGACGACUUCGACGUCCUCGUCGCUGCCCGCGUCGCCGGCCUCGCUUUGCACGACGCUGUCCUCGCCGCCGAUGUCGCCGACCGUGGCCUUGCCUCCGACCUUUGGAGGCUCAUUCUCGUGCUCGACGCCCCAAUCACAACGCUCGGGCUCGGCGCCGCAACUACAAGCCGUGUGCAUGGCGUCGCAACCACAACUCUCGUGCUCAGCGCCGCAACUCCAGCCAUCUGCGCCUUCUUCAAGUCUUUCGCUUCCCUUAUCACCAGCAUCCAUUCCUUUGCCGGCCUCACCGGCACCUUCGUCCGCGCUGCUACCAAGAACCUCGUCCAACCCGUCACUACGCAAGCGCCAGGGGCCGCCGUCCGAUGCUGACGUGGACGAGCGGGAGUGGAAGAGGAGGCGAGAGGGAGAAGCUGUAGCAACGGACGAAGUGGAUGAGGAAGUUGAGCAGGCAAAGGUCGAGCGUGAGGUGAACGCAGCGCAAGAUGGGCACGUAGCGCAAGCACGAGAUGGGCACGAAGCCGAAGCGCAGCUCGAGGCUGCAGCCAAUCAGGAGGUUGAGCUUCCACUGGAUUCUUAG